AUGGAUCUAGCAGACAGAAGUGCUCUAGAAGAGAUUCGUACUUUUGUACCUGGUGUAAUUAAAGCCAUUUCUUUGGCGAUAAAGGUUUUAAUAGGGGAGGGUGCAAUGACAUUCCUGGUCCCUGGAAACUUGCCAAUUGGGUGUUCUGCCAAAUAUUUAACCCUAUUCAAGUGCCCGAGCAAAGAGGAUUACGAUGAGAAUGGUUGUAUCAAAUGGCUGAACGAUUUCUCAGUGUACCACAACAAAUUUCUUCAAAAAGAGUUAGCCGUCCUGAGAGAAGAAUACCCAAGUGUCAAAAUUAUUUAUGCUGAUUACUACAAUGUUUCCAUGAAGUUUUACCAGUCUCCUGAAUUAUUAAGAUUUACGAGCGGAGCUCUUAAGGCGUGUUGUGGAGGUAAAGGUCCAUACAGCGUUAACCAAUCUGUUGAAUGCGGAAGUGUUGAUGCAAUAGUUUGUGAGGAUCCGUCAACUUAUGUUAGCUGGGAUGGAGUCCAUUUAACUGAAGUUGCAUACAAAUUUUUAGCUAAUGGUCUGAUGCAGGAAAAUAACCAAUUCUUCUUCCCCGAAAACGAUAUCAUCAUUACUACUACUACCGACGGUAAUCAAGCUCUCUAA